AUGUUGACCCACCUCAGAGCCCGGAGCAGGAGCUUGUUCUCCGGCGGCCGGACUCAGUCUGUCAGGGAAGAGGCCGACUAUCUGGACUUCAGCAGCUCCUUUGUGAAGCCAUGGAGCUCCAUGCAGGAUCUGGGCAGAGACAUCUAUGAUCUCUACGCUGAGUAUGAACACGAGGAGGAGGAGGAUCGAGUCCCGGAGUCUCCCUCCUGCCUGCUGCUUUCUCCGACCAGACACUUCACUCUCAACAUCAACGUUGGAGGAAUGGUUUACUCCUUGCCCUACAGGUUAGCAGCCAGGUAUCCGAAGACACGGAUCGGCCAGUUGGCCACGUACACGGACCACAGCAGGAAGUUGGAACUGUGUGACGACUACAUCGUCCAGAGCAACGAGUUCUUCUUUGACCGAGACCCUAAAAUCUUCCACAACGUCUUCAACUUCUACAGAACUGGAGUGUUGUGCAUUAAAGACGAGCUGUGUCCGCACAAUUUCCUGGAGGAGAUAAACUACUGGGGCGUCAGAAUCAAAAACAGCCAACGCUGCUGCCGCAUCUCCUUCGAAGAGAGGCAGGACGAGCUGAACGACCAACUGAAGAUACAGAGGCAGCUGAUCGCAGAGCUGGAAAUGGAGGAAAACGAGGUACUGUUUGACGACUUGGCCUUCGGGUCGACCCGGAAGAAUAUCUGGAACCUAAUGGAGAAUCCGUUCUCCUCGGUCACCGCCAAGCUGAUGGCAGUCGCCUCCUCCAUGUUUGUGCUGCUCUCACUGGUCACCAUGACGCUCAACACCGUGGAGGAGAUGCAGUACAAGACUGCGUCGGGACAGCUCAGCGGCAGAUUCUAUGGCGAGUACGUGGAGUCGUUCUGCAUCACCUUCUUCACCCUGGAGUACCUGUUGCGCCUGGCGUCCACCCCCGACCUCAAGUGUUUUGUGCGCAGCGUGCUGAACACCGUCGACCUGGUCGCCAUCCUGCCACACUACCUGCAGAUGGCCCUGGAGUGCUUCGAGGGCGAGGGCAUGCACCUGCACUCGGGGGACAUCGAGGCCGUGUCAAGUGUUGGAAAGGUUGGUCAGGUUCUGAGGAUCAUGCGUCUGAUGCGAAUCUUCAGGAUCUUGAAGCUGGCUCGUCACUCCACAGGCCUCAGGGCCUUCGGCUUCACACUGAGACAGUGCUACCAGCAGGUGGGCUGUUUGCUGCUCUUCAUCGGCAUGGGAAUCUUCAUGUUUUCAGCCAUGGUGUACACCGUGGAGCACGACGUCGACAACACCAACUUCACCUCCAUGCCGAACGCCUGGUGGUGGGCCGCUGUGAGUAUUUCCACGGUGGGCUACGGCGACAUGUUACCCGAGACCAACCUGGGUCGCAUCUUCGCCUUCGCCUGUAUCUCCUUCGGCGUCAUCCUCAACGGCAUGCCCAUCUCCAUCCUCUACAACAAGUUCUCGGACUACUACACUAAGCUCAAGUCCCACGAGUACACCGCCAUCACCAAGGCCCGCGGGAAGGUGCGCUUCGCCAGGAGGGCGGCGAAGAGGCUGGCCGAGUGCUGCGAGGACGUCGCCCAGCCAAGGACUUCCCACCUGCGGUGA